UCGGCAAGAAGGGCGUUAAAAUGUCCUGUUUUUGUAAUAAAAUCCAGUACUGAAAUGCCAUGUAUUCACAUGAACAAAAAAUACGUCUUUUUUUUUUUAUACCUUGUGGCUCACUUGAUUAUCGUGGUGGAGGCAACAAGAAGAAGCUCUACAAAUACAUCUGACUCUUAAGGAGCAGCCAAGAGCAGGAGAUGAGCUAAGAAAAGGGGGGAGAAAGAGGACAAAAGUGUAGAAGAAGCCAGGGUAGCCUGGUCAGGUGGAGAGGUGGGGGGACGGAGGAGGAUGGAGCGGAGGAAAGGAUGGGGCCACAGCUAACGCAGCAUAAUCAGCCAGGGCUGCUUGGUUACCUUCCAAACAAAGCUGCUGAUUUGUUGAAGCAAAAACAAGAGGAGGGGAAACGCGAGACAGAGAGACAGAUAGGAAAGAGGGGGAGGACAGAAAGAGAUGAGGUGAGUGAUUGUGCCUUGCCACACAGACUUGAAGUGCAUUCUCCCUUGGAGACAGUAGCAAUGCUGGAGCUUUGCAUACCAGUGCAACUGUAGAGCCUCCACUUCACUCCCACUGAGCUGUGUAGCUAUCCGGAGAGAAGGACAGCAUCAGGGACGUUUAGGACGGUGGACUGGCGACUUCCAGAAAAGUCUGGACCGAAGACGAAGAGUGGUCUGCUAACGGGAAGGGGCCUUUGAAGUGUGCGGAGACGAAGCGAGGGGCAGUCAGCAUUCUGAGAAUGCACCGAGGUAGCAGAGGGAGCUGCUGAGUGUUUUGGCUUGUGCACCCGCAUUCACACACCCACACACACCUUCCACGGGAGGAGAGUGUGUGGUGCCCCCAGUGGAGAAUGAAGAAGCACUCGGCCCGAGUGGCUCCUCUCAGCUCAUACAGCACGCAGGUCCUGACCUGCCCCAACUCUGAAGGAGAGGAUGGUUCAGAGUCUCGACCAGAGACCCCAGGCAGCGACACCAGCAUCGAGAGUCAGUCCUACCAGACAUGUGGCAACACAGUUCUGAAGGUGCUGGGUGGUCUUCUGAUGGUGUUGUGCGUGUCCUCCUCGUGGGUGGGUACCACUCAGGUGGUGAAGCUGACCUUCCAGUCUUUUUCCUGUCCCUUCUUCAUCUCCUGGUUCAGCAGCAACUGGAACAUCUUCUUCUUCCCCAUAUACUACUCUGGACAUGUUUUUACCACAGGCGAGAAGCAGACUCCCAUUCAGAAAUUUAGGGAGUGCAGUAAACUCUUUGGGGAGGAUGGAAUGACUCUCAAGCUGUUUGUUAAGAGGACUGCACCCUUCUCCAUCCUAUGGACACUGACCAACUACCUGUACCUCUUAGCAUUGAAGAAACUGACUGCCACUGACGUCUCUGCCCUCUACUGCUGCCACAAAGCCUUUGUCUUUCUCCUCUCAUGGAUUGUCCUCAAGGACCGGUUCAUGGGUGUUCGGAUUGUUGCUGCCAUAAUGGCCAUCACAGGUAUAGUCAUGAUGGCUUAUGCAGAUGGUUUUCAUGGUGAUUCAUUUGUGGGUGUGGCUCUGGCUGUGGGCUCUGCCUCAACUUCAGCUCUCUAUAAGGUUCUGUUUAAGAUGUUCCUUGGCAGCGCUAACCUUGGAGAGGUUGCUCAUUUUAUUUCAACAAUGGGCUUCUUCAACCUUAUUUUCAUCUCCUGUGUUCCCCUCAUCCUCUACUUCACCAGGGUGGAGCACCUGGGCUCCUUGUCUUCACUACCCUGGGGUUACCUGUUUGGACUGGCAGGACUGUGGCUGGUCUUUAAUAUUCUGGUCCAUGUCGGCGUGGUGCUGACUUACCCCAUCCUCAUCUCCAUAGGGACACUGCUCAGUGUGCCUGGAAAUGCAGCUGUAGAUGUUUUGAAACAUGAGGUGAUCUUCAGCGUGGUGCGGCUGGCUGCCACCUGCAUCAUCUGCCUGGGGUUUCUGCUCCUGCUGCUGCCAGAGGAGUGGGACUCAGUCACCCUUCGAUUCUUCGCCAACAUUGCUGACAAGAAGUCCGAGGAACACGGAGAGGAACUGACAGAGUCCAGUGGCCAGACUCGAAGUCGGAGUCAAGCAAACGGCACCAUCUCCAUUCCCUUGGCAUGACACGGCUGGAUUCUCAUGAUAACAAGUUAGCAAAUCCCUUGUGUCUCUGAUGUUCUGGCAGAAAGCUCAGUCUGUGUGGACUUCUCAUUCAGGAGGACAGCAUUGACUAAGUUAAAAUGUAAUCUUUACUUUGCAUAAGUACCCCUGUCACUUCACAAAGGGGGAGGAGAACACUUAUGGAUCAUGCAAACCAGAAAAAGGCUGAAACUGGUAUUUACUGUGGAAGUAGUUGCAAUGCUCCAUCUUAUGUCCUGCACGCACCCAAAGCAAGAGCUGACUGGCUUCUCCUGAUAUGCUCUGCAAACUGUAUUCUGUGAAUAUAAAUUUUGGCAGGGCCAGUUUGGCUCAAAAUAUUUCUAUUUAUUUAAAUCUGUUCGAGCCAGAGUAUCAAUUUUAAGUCUAAGCAGUCUUACUGACGAGAAUGGCUAUUAUACUGUGAGUAAUGCAGAAGCUCUUUGCGUUUUCUAAUAAAAGAUUUGAAACCUCUAGA